CAAGGUCACCAACAACUACAAGGUCCAAGCUUCUCUGUAGUACUAUCAUCCCCUAUUCAACGCCCCUAUUCUCUCUCUCCAGAAAAAAACUGAACUUUCAAUGUUCCUCCUGUACUUGUACAUAUAACAAAUGCUAUUCAUCUUCAUCAACCCAGUUCCAACCAUUUCAUCUUCUCCUUCUCUUCUUCACUGACCAUGGAAAACCCAACUUCAACGAAGACCUCUGAUUCUCUCUCUGCUACUCUUCGCAACUCAAUCCAAGCUUUGGGUCGUGGCUUUGAUGUCACAUCAGAUAUUAGGUUUCUUUACUGUAAGGGGGCUCCUGGGUCAAGGCUUGUUCACCUUGAUGAGGACGAUACCAGGGAUCUUGUUCUCUCCCAUGGUGUUGUUGUUCCCGAUGUCUCUGUUGACAUUGAUUGCUCCCCUGGGAAGAGUAGUAUAGAGAAGAUCCCUGUGUGUACUUUUCACGAGAUGGCAAAAUAUUUCAAUGAGAGGUCAGGCAUAACAGGACAGAUUCCACUUGGAAGUUUCAAUUCCAUGUUCAAUUUUACUGGCUCCUGGAUGGUUGAUGCCGCAGCUACCAAAUCUCUUGCCAUGGUUGGAUAUUUCAUUCCACUAGUUGAAGUUAAAUUAACCAAACUAAAUUUGGUCUUGAAUGAUGAAGUCAGGCGCGCUGUUCCUUACUCUUGGGAUCCAGCAUCCUUGGCAAGUUUUAUUGAGAAUUUUGGUACCCAUAUUGUUACAUCUGCAACAGUUGGUGGAAGAGAUGUAGUAUAUAUCAGGCAGCACCAAUCAUCUUCUUUGUCUGCCCCGGAUAUUGAGAACUAUGUAAAGGACAUUGGAGAUGAUAGGUUUCUUGAUGUGAAAAACGUUUCAGGUCCUGGUCCUUUAAAGUACAAGGAGAAGGAUGUUACUGUCAUUUUUAGGAGGAGAGGUGGGGAUGAUCUUGAACAAAGUCAUACUAAAUGGGUGGAAACUGUAAAAUUGGCACCAGAUAUCAUUAACAUGAACUUUACACCCAUUGUUUCUCUUCUUGAAGGAGUGCCUGGUGUAAAGCAUUUGGCCCGUGCUAUUGAUCUAUAUCUGGAGUACAAACCACCUAUCGAAGACCUACAGUAUUUCUUGGAUUUCCAAAUAACUCGAGUUUGGGCGCCAGAGCAGAACAAUCUACAACGAAAGGAGCCUGUUUGCCAGUCUCUUCAGUUCAGCUUAAUGGGACCUAAGCUUUAUGUCAGUCCAGAUCAGGUAACAGUUGGACGCAAGCCUGUUACUGGGUUAAGGCUUAGCCUAGAAGGAAACAAACAAAACCGACUUGCAAUUCAUUUGCAGCAUUUAGUCUCCCUCCCGAAAAACCUUCAGCCUCAUUGGGAUGCACACAUGGCCAUAGGGGCACCCAAGUGGCAAGGUCCAGAGGAGCAAGACAGCCGUUGGUUCGAGCCAAUCAAAUGGAAGAACUUCUCCCAUGUAAGUACUGCACCAAUUGAGUUCACUGAAACUAGCAUUGGUGACCUCUCUGGUGUUCACAUUGUCACGGGUGCUCAGCUUGGUGUUUGGGACUUUGGUGCCAAAAAUGUGUUACACCUCAAGCUCCUUUUCUCCAAGGUACCAGGAUGUACAAUAAGACGGUCAGUGUGGGAUCAUAACCCCUCCACUCCUGCUGCUACACAGAGACCUGAUGGCGCUUCAUCAUCAUUGACGAAGAAAACUUCUGAAGAUAAAAAGGAAGAUAGUUCAAUCCAAAUUGGAAAACUAGCAAAAAUUGUGGACAUGACAGAGAUGUCUAAAGGGCCCCAAGAUAUUCCUGGUCAUUGGUUAGUUACAGGGGCGAAGCUUGGAGUGGAAAAAGGAAAAAUUUUACUGCGGAUAAAGUACUCUCUGCUUAAUUAUUGAUUGAUGUUCUUGUUCUUGAUUUUUAUUUUUUUAAUAUGUUAUUUUUUAUUUUUUCCUCCUAACUAGAAAGAAACAAUAGUCAAGCAUUCUUUGCACAGGGAAUCUUUGAGUUCUUUUGUGAGUAGAUUUUGCUUAGUAGUUAUUUUAAUUGAUGGUCUAGCAAUCAUCGAUUAUUAUUUCUAUAAUUUUGAAUUCAAUUUUGUUUAUUUACUGGACAAUGGACAUAGUGAGUAGUGACAUGACAUUGUAGAGAGACUGAUAAUGGCCUUUUGUUUUAGUAUACCUUUUCGUCCUCAUUAUUUUGUUGAUUGAGAGGAUA